AAACACCAAACUAACAACCAACCAUUAAAUAAAACAUUAUUUUUCCCAAAGUCUCAUAAAUAUUCUCAACCUUAGAUCUCUUUCACCUCUUUCUUCUUCUUCCCUUCGUCUUCUUCUUCGAUCCACUAUGGAAAACCCCAGUUCAUCUUCAGAUCUUAAUCCCACUCUUAAUCCCAAAACCCCAUCACGGAUUAAUCAAUUAAUCCCGGGUUUUAAUUCUUAUCAUCCAUCGCCAUCUCGAACAAUCUACAGUGACCGUUUCAUUCCCAGUAGAUCUUCGUCCAAUUUUGCCCUUUUUGACCUCCCUUUGCCCCCACAUUCCUCUUCCUCUGAAGAUUCCAGCAAUGCAUAUACCUCACUGCUUCGUUCAGCUUUGUUCGGAUCAGAUUGCGGGUCGGUUGUGCCGCCUGUUACGCCCGAGAAGUCGUCGGGUUUAAAUUCAAGAAAUUUGCAGAUUAGUAGACCCAAUUGCAAUAUUUUUCGGUAUAAGAGUGAGACCCGGCAAUCUUUGCAGUCAUUGUCGCCUUUUGGGUUUGAUGAUCAGCUCCCCGGUUUUAGUCCUAGCCCGGUCAAAGCUACUAGAAAAGUUCCAAGAUCUCCUUUUAAGGUGUUGGAUGCACCAGCAUUGCAAGAUGAUUUUUAUCUGAACCUUGUUGACUGGUCUCCGAAUAAUGUAUUAGCUGUGGGACUAGGGAGCUGCGUGUAUCUAUGGCAUGCAUCUAGUAGCAAGGUGGUGAAGUUGUGUGACCUGGGAAUUGAUGAUAGUGUUAGUUCAGUUGGUUGGGCACAAAGGGGAACACAUCUUGCUGUUGGAACAAGUAAUGGGAAAGUCCAGUUAUGGGAUGCCUCUCGUUGUAAGAGAAUAAGGACGAUGGAGGGACAUCGAUUACGAGUUGGUGCACUGGCUUGGAGCUCAUCAGUACUGUCUUCAGGAAGCCGAGACAAGAGUAUUCUUCAGCGUGAUAUCCGUGCUCAAGAUGAUUAUGUCAGUAAGUUGAGUGGUCAUAAAUCAGAGGUUUGUGGGCUCAAAUGGUCUUAUGAUAGCCGUGAAUUAGCUUCAGGUGGAAAUGAUAAUAGGCUUUUUGUAUGGAACAACCAUUCAACACAACCUGUGCUGAAAUACUGUGAGCAUACUGCUGCUGUAAAAGCCAUUGCGUGGUCCCCCCAUCUCCAUGGUCUUCUGGCUUCUGGUGGUGGCACAGCUGAUAGAUGCAUUCGAUUCUGGAACACCACCACUAAUACACAUCUCAGUUGCAUGGACACUGGUAGUCAGGUCUGCAAUCUUGUGUGGUCUAAGAAUGUCAAUGAAUUAGUCAGCACACAUGGUUACUCUCAAAACCAAAUAAUAGUUUGGAGAUAUCCGACAAUGUCUAAGAUAGCUACACUGACAGGCCAUACAUAUAGAGUCUUAUAUCUUGCUAUCUCUCCAGAUGGACAGACAAUUGUAACUGGAGCAGGAGAUGAAACACUUAGAUUCUGGAAUGUUUUUCCUUCUCCUAAAUCUAAGAACACCGAGACUGAAAUUGGCGCAUCUUCGCUUGGUAGAACUCAUAUCAGAUGAGAAAUUGUAAUUAUUUUCCACUCCAAUAAAUUUUUGCACAAGAGUAUAGCAGCACCACAUUUUUCUGUCUGACGGGACGGCAAAAAGUUGCAGGAAGAAUCCUAAACAUGCAACUAAUAAGAUGAUCUCUGUCAUCUUGCAUUUUAUUUUGAGUCAAUUAUUCUUUUAUAUAGUUCACAAGUGUAUAGUUGGAGAUGUUAUUUAAUUCUCAUUAACAUCUCCUAUUCAUUCUGUAAUAAUAUAUGGGGAGAGGGAGGGAGGUUCUAUUGUUAAGGAACAUCUAAUGUAAGGAACACCUCUGAUCCUUGUACAUAGAAGUCAUAUUUUUUCCUUGGAUUCAUAAUUUACAUGCUGAACAAUCUGUUGUACUUAUUUCCUAUCUGAUAUAAAUAAGUCUCAUCUAUUUUUCACC